GGGAGCAGGUGGGGCGGCGGGCGCGGCGAGCGGAGCGGGCCCCGGGCGACCGCGGUGGCGCUGCCCGGAGACAUGGCGGCCGCGCGCGCCUCUGAAUAAGCAUCGCCGACCCGCGCCGCAGCCAGGCCAUGCCGCACCGCCGCUGACCGCGCGCAGGGCCGGCCCGAGGGACACAGGCUGGAGCAGCGGCCGCCUCGCCCCUGAGCCUCUCCCCUGGUUUUCCAUGUUGCGUUUCUCGCCGGGCUCCCGGGCAGUGUAGCUGCGGCUGCCGGAGGGCAGUCAGGGCAUUUCUCUGCUCCUUCAUCCGGCCACACUUUUCCAUUUUCUUCCUUCCCUCCUUAGUUUCCUCUCCCUUCCCCCCGCCUGCUUUGCAUCCAUCUCCCCCACCCCGUGACCCCCUCCUGCCUCCAUCCACUGGGGCUAUGGCCGCGGAAGAGGUAUUGCAGACUGUGGACCAUUAUAAGAGCGAGAUAGAGAGGCUGACCAAGGAGCUCACGGAGACGACCCAUGAGAAGAUCCAGGCGGCCGAGUACGGGCUGGUGGUGCUGGAAGAGAAGCUGACCCUCAAACAGCAGUAUGACGAGCUGGAGGCAGAGUACGACAGCCUCAAGCAGGAGCUGGAGCAGCUGAAAGAGGCAUUUGGGCAGUCCUUCUCCAUCCACCGUAAGGUUGCUGAGGAUGGAGAGACUCGGGAGGAAACGCUUCUGCAGGAGUCAGCAUCAAAGGAAGCUUACUAUCUGGGGAAGAUCUUGGAGAUGCAGAACGAACUGAAACAGAGCCGGGCUGUGGUCACUAACGUGCAGGCAGAAAAUGAGAGGCUCACAGCUGUCGUGCAGGAUCUGAAGGAGAACAAUGAGAUGGUGGAGCUGCAAAGGAUACGGAUGAAGGAUGAAAUCCGAGAAUAUAAAUUCCGAGAGGCCCGCCUCCUUCAGGACUAUACUGAGCUGGAAGAGGAGAACAUCACUCUGCAGAAACUGGUGUCCACAUUAAAGCAGAACCAGGUUGAAUAUGAAGGUUUAAAGCAUGAGAUUAAGAGAUUUGAGGAGGAGAUGGUGCUGCUGAACAGCCAGCUGGAAGAUGCCAUCCGGCUGAAGGAGAUCGCUGAGCACCAACUGGAAGAAGCCCUGGAGACCUUGAAAAAUGAGAGGGAGCAGAAGAACAGCCUGCGGAAGGAGCUCUCCCAGUACAUCACCCUCAACGAUAACCACAUCAGCAUUUCCGUCGAUGGACUCAAGUUUGCUGAGGAUGGGAGUGAACCCAACAAUGAUGACAAAAUGAACGGGCAUAUCCAUGGGCCUCUUGUGAAGCUGAAUGGAGACUAUCGGACUCCCACUUUAAGGAAAGGAGAGUCUCUGCACCCUGUUUCUGACUUAUUCAGUGAGCUGAACAUUUCGGAAAUACAGAAAUUGAAGCAGCAACUUAUGCAGGUAGAGCGGGAAAAGGCCAUUCUUCUGGCCAAUCUCCAGGAGUCACAGACGCAGCUGGAGCACACCAAGGGAGCACUGACGGAGCAGCACGAACAGGUGCACCGGCUCACAGAGCACGUUAAUGCCAUGAGGGGCCUGCAGAGCAGCAAGGAGCUCAAGGAGCUGGAUGGGGAAAAGGGCCGGGACUCGGGAGAGGAGGCCCAUGACUACGAGGUGGACAUCAAUGGCUUAGAGAUCCUUGAAUGCAAAUACAGGGUGGCGGUAACUGAGGUGAUCGAUUUGAAAGCUGAAAUUAAGGCCUUAAAGGAAAAGUAUAAUAAAUCUGUAGAAAACUAUACUGAAGAGAAGGCCAAGUAUGAGAGUAAGAUCCAAAUGUAUGAUGAGCAGGUUAUAAGCCUUGAGAAGACCACGAAGGAGAGUGGAGAGAAGAUGGCCCAUAUGGAGAAGGAGUUGCAAAAGAUGACCAGCAUAGCCAAUGAAAAUCACAAUACCCUUAAUACAGCCCAGGAUGAGUUGGUGACAUUUAGUGAGGAACUAGCUCAGCUUUACCAUCAUGUAUGUCUGUGUAAUAAUGAAACCCCUAACAGGGUCAUGCUGGACUACUAUAGGCAAAGUAGAGUCACCCGUAGCGGCAGCCUGAAAGGGCCUGAUGAUCCCAGGGCACUCUUGUCUCCACGGUUAGCCAGGCGGGGUGUGUCAUCCCCUGUAGAAACAAGGACCUCACCUGAACCAGUUGCAAAAGAAAACACAGAGGCCAGCAAAGAACCAAGUCCAACCAAGACUCCCACCAUCUCUCCUGUUAUUACUGCCCCACCAUCAUCUCCAGUAUUAGACACAAGUGACAUCCGCAAAGAGCCAAUGAACAUCUACAACCUUAAUGCCAUAAUCCGGGACCAAAUCAAACAUCUGCAGAAAGCUGUGGACCGGUCUUUGCAACUGUCUCGUCAAAGAGCUGCGGCACGGGAGCUGGCCCCCAUGAUCGAUAAAGACAAGGAAGCCCUGAUGGAAGAGAUCCUCAAGCUUAAGUCCCUACUGAGCACCAAACGGGAGCAGAUUGCCACACUGAGGGCGGUGCUGAAAGCCAACAAACAGACAGCUGAGGUGGCAUUAGCUAAUCUCAAGAACAAAUAUGAAAAUGAAAAAGCAAUGGUGACUGAAACUAUGACGAAACUUAGAAAUGAACUGAAGGCUUUGAAAGAAGAUGCAGCAACUUUCUCAUCUCUGAGAGCAAUGUUUGCAACAAGAUGUGAUGAAUAUGUCACACAGUUGGACGAGAUGCAGAGACAGUUAGCAGCUGCAGAGGACGAGAAGAAGACUCUAAACACUUUGUUACAAAUGGCUAUCCAGCAAAAACUCGCCCUGACCCAGCGGCUGGAGGACUUAGAGUUUGACCACGAGCAGUCCCGUCGCAGCAAAGGCAAACUUGGAAAGAGCAAGAUCGGCAGCCCUAAAGUAAGUGGGGAGGCAUCAGUCACCGUGCCCACCAUAGACACUUACCUCCUGCGUAGGCAGGGCCCACAGACGCCCAACAUUCGGGGCAGCAGUGGCACUCAGAGGAAAAGACAAUUUUCACCUUCCCUUUGUGAUCAGAGCCGUCCCAGGACUUCAGGGGCCUCCUAUCUACAGAAUUUAUUAAGAGUUCCCCCUGACCCCACCUCCACAGAGUCAUUUCUUCUGAAGGGCCCCCCUUCCAUGAGUGAAUCCAUCCAAGGGCACCGGCUCAGCAAGGAAAAAAGGUUAACCGUGGCUCCACCAGCAAAAAGAGAUUGUCAGCAGCCUGCUGCCUCCGUACCGCCACAGUGCUCACAACUAGCCGGGAGGCAAGACUGCCCGACAGUCAGUCCUGACGUAGCUCUGCCUGAGGAGCAGCCACAUUCCAGCUCGCAGUGCGCCCCUCUCCACUGUCUCUCCAAGCCUCCUUACCCUUAG